GUAGCAAUCAUGGGGUCUACUCUGCCGUGGGUGCCAUGGGCACUGGUCAUCGCAGGUCUGGUUUGGUUCGCGCUUGCGCAGGCGCAGCAGGACCCACCAAACUCCUGCAUCCCCCGGGAGAGAUACCUCAGAAUUCCUGGUGAUGCUUACAUAACGGCACUCCUAGACAUACACCACCCAGACCCGGGGAGGCCGUGGAGGUGUGGCACGGGGGUGAACAAACGGGCCGUCUUAGAACUGGAGACAAUGCUAUGGGCAAUAGAUAGGAUUAACACGGCUGGGUAUUUUGGAGCCGGGAAACUAGGUUUGGAGGUAUACGAUACAUGUGGAUUGAAGAAUGAUGCCGUACAGUUUGCCAGUGACAAGCUCUCAUUUCUGUACGACUGCACGACCUCCUGUGCUGUGAACGGCACUUUUCUGGGCCUGAUAGGACCAUCCAACUGUGAUGCAGCCGAUGCCGUGGCCACAUUAAUGAAGGGAAGAAAUGUCACACAGGUGUUGACGUCAGAGUGCUCAAAACAAUACGUCACAAGUGACGUCACAGCAUACCCUUCUCUUUUCCGGACAUUUCAACGACCUAAAACAAGGAACGAAGCCCUGUUAGCAUUGGUGAAGGACCUUCAGUGGUCCUUAGUAGGUGCAGUUUACACCAAAAGCCAGGAGUCCAUAGAACAAUUCCAGGAAUUCAAAGAAAUGGCCAAUAAAAAUGGCAUAUGCAUUGGUCACUCGGAACCCGUCCUUCCUUCCAUGAACAUGAAUAGUUUGGCACAGUGGGCGGGUGAAGAAUAUUUCGACUUGGGUUCAGCGACGGGCGCCAACAUGGGAGUCGUGUACUUUGGAGACAAUGAAAUGUUAGUGAAUAUAUUUACUGAAAUACAAACCAGAAACUUAAACAGAGAUUUGAAGAAUUUACACUGGAUUCUGUCCACGGAUCAGUUUUCUUCAAAAGAACUGUCAGAUAUAGGGAGUUAUGGGGAAGGAGCUAUUGUUGUAUCAACCAUGUCUUUUUCUUUACAGCAAGUGACUGAAUUUAUUACCAAACGCAUCAACGAAGGAGCUGUUGCAACGCCAGAAAAUCCCUGGCUUAAAAAUCUCACUACUUCUGAUGUGGUAAUUAGCGAAACGAUGGUGCCAUCGUUAGACGCUAUAUAUUUGUAUGCUAAAACAUUAAAGGAGACGGGGGCUAGUCUCUGCUCUUUAAAUAGUGGGAACAUAUGCCCAGAAGUUAACUACAAUAGCAUACGACAGCGCUUUGAAAACAUACGUGUAUUAUAUACCGACCUAGGUGACAUGGCACCAAAUGAUUUUGUGUCCACUGAUAGGAAUAUAUCGUUUCAGUAUGACCACCAUUUACGAAGUUUAACAAACGAUUCUCAACAACAGCUGCAACAGAAUUAUUUUCUUCUUGCGCGAAACUCUCCCCAGAAUCUAAAACCUAUUGGAAAUUAUACCGAAGAGGGAGGAUUCUACUUUGUUGCCUCAGAACUUACAAUUAGAACUUCAUCCUGUGCAAGUAUAUGCACCAAUUGUAUUCAACAGGUGCGUCGAGAUUACGACUUUUUCGUCAAAGAAGGGGAUGUUUAUAUUUUAGCCUUGAUGAAGCUACACAACAGAGCCAAAGACCCUUCGGACAAAUAUGGGUGCGGAGAGUACGAUACCGUCUCCAACCCUUACCCUCAAGUGGAAGCUCUGCUCUUCGCUUUGGAAGAAAUGUCCAACAAGACGGGGAUCAACUUCGGGGCGAUCGUGUAUGACGCAUGUGACAGUUCUGUCAGACUGACGAAUAUGCUUGGAAACUUUUUCAACAAUGAGACGGGAGACCCACAUUUUGCGUUGACCGUCAAGGGGAAGCCGCUGGACAUCAACAAAGUCGUUGGGUGUAUUGGCGCCUUCACGAGCACGGACACACUGACCGCUGCAGCGUUCUUGACUCAUAUGAAGCGUAUUUUGGUCAGCUACUCCGCAUCCAGUACCCUCUUAGACGACAGAAAGCGAUUCCCAUACUUCCUACGAACUCUACCAUCUGACAGCAAGCAAGCUAAAGCCAUUCUAGAUAUCAUCAAACAUUUAAAAUCUAAUUACGUGCAUCUCGUGCAUGUAGACAACGACUACGGACGCACGGGGGCCUCUGCGUUCAAAGACCUUGCCCAAGAGAAUGGUAUUUGUAUAACUCAGUCUACUCCCAAAAUCCUUGACUUAGACGGGGGAAAUGCCAUUGGGAUCGCUGGGCAAUUAUUAGACUCAAACGAUGCCAAUAUUGUUGUAUUCUUUGGUGAAGAUGAUCACGCCAUUAAUUUCCUGUCCGGACUUAAGCAAGUCACAAGGGACAUUAUGAGACAAUUUGUGUUCAUUUUCUCCGAAGCCAUCGCAGACGGGGAAGCCGAAAUUCGGCGACAAUUCCCUGAUCUUGUAUUAGGCUCCAUAUCGCUAAACGUGGACAAUCAGCACAGGUGGCACACGUCAUUUUACAACUACCUUUCCAAAAAGACUCCCGACUUCUCAGCUAACCCAAUGUGGUUUAACGAAUUCUGGGAACAUAAUUUUCAAUGUAGUCUUGACAGCAGUUUCUCUAAAGACCGUAGUCUUUGUAUGGGCAAUGAACGCAUUGCUAAAGCAUCGGUGCUGACAGGAAAUCCAUGGGUUCCGCCAAUUAUAACCGCGGCGCUGGCGCUGACGCAGGGACUGUCCGAGCUUCAGUGCCUUACCCCCCUCUCCCAGUGCGCCGUAGAGGACAUAGUAUCCAGCGUCGCGGGCACGACGCUGCAGUCGGAGCAGGCCACGUCCUUCAGGCCGUUUGACGACAAUGGGAAUGGACUCAUCGGAUACAAAAUAUUUAGCUUUCAGAAAAACUCAAGUGGAACCAUAUACAAAGAGGUUGGUUCUAUAUCCCCCAAUGGCUCACUAGUUGGUCUCGAGGACAACGUAUUUUACGCCAAAAAUGGUGACGUCAUCAGAGACUUCCAAUCCACUUGUCAGGGAGCGGUGAAAGGCUGUGACUUUUGCGUAGUGAAUGAUGGAGAGAAAGAAGAAGGACAAGAGGGUCUCGUUACGGCUCUGGUACUGGUGUCUGUGGUGCUUGCAGUAGGCCUCGUGGCUGUGGCUGUGUUUUUGUAUACUCGGUACAAAAACGACAACUGCCAAGUGAUAGCAAGGAGUUGUCUGGUCAUCCAUCGCCCAACAUCCUCAUCCUUCAAACAAAAUGGUGUCCUUCACAACGAGACUCAAUCGCAAACUCCCAUCCAAACGACAACACAAGAUGACGCCGAUAUAGACUCCAUCUACACGACGCCCGUGUCCGAUAAUUUCAAUCGACUGGGUUUAUUUUUUGGCCUUACUUCCAGCAGCGUGGACGGGAGCACAAGGAGUGCUGAUUCUGACGUGGGUGCUGCCAAUUACGGCCCUCCCCUACCAAAACGCAAUAGCGAAAAUGGCGGGCGGGGCCGAGCAAGCACUAUGCCUUCAAGGUCGAUCUCCUUGCCGCCAAAAGCGAUGCGAUCGUCUGCCGAUGAUUCCGAAGUUGAAUCAGAACCUGCGUAUUUACAGAUGAACAGAUCGGAACCGGGAUUUCCCAUCAAACGCCAGCGUCCGGCAGCAAGAGAUCCCUUGUCAGGUCUUGCCACUUUACCUAGAAAUAACAGAAACAGACAUCUUCAAAGAAAUACUCCAGACCGGGAUAGUUUAGAGAUGUAUCGCCAUUCUGAAAGUGUCCAUUAUCACUCCUCUCCCUUGAUUGACCAAUCACCGCCGGUCUCUCAACAGAAAAGUCGUCCAUCAGACUCAGAACCGGUUCAGUACAGUACCUUGUCCAUUCCCAGCACAAACGCGUACACUUCACCCCCGCGCGCCAGCGCACCAAGACCCACAGCUCUCUACUACCCGUCAAGUGACCGUCAUCACACGUCUGGGGAGUCUGGCUCCAGCGGGCGUCUGUCCCCCAUUCUUCCUAAACCCCAAGGGAAAGCUGCCGUACCGUCACACUAUGACCCGUACCCGUAUUCGUAUGUUAACAAUGCCUAUAGCCCAGAGCCCGCACCUCAGGGGGACGACGGAAGUAAAAGCAUUAGUUCCGUCAUUCAGUAUGAGAAUCCGACACCGAAUUUACGUCCUCACGCAGCCGGCAUGAUACCAAACUGGUUGGAGUCGCAAACUGAUGGACUCAGGUCCAAAUAUGUGUGA